CUUCAUUGAGAAUCAGUCGAGUAUUCGUCUGCUCAAUAAUCAAGAUGUUACGGCUGAAGCAUGCUGUGAGUGGCCAAGUGGUAGAGCUGAAUGAGUUCUGGCUACGUGAUCAUUGUCGCUGCGGGCAGUGCCUCAACACGGAGACAAAUCAACGGCGUUACGAUCUCUUAGAGCUACCAGCCGAUGUGCGCGCGCUAAGGCACAGCUGGGAAUCAGCGGAGCAGCUCUUGGUGGAAUGGAGCGAUGGGCAUCGUUCGACAUACGACUGGGCUUUCAUCUAUGACUCGCAGCUGGAGCAGCUGAUAAGCCGGCGUACAAAGUCCACCUCGCUGACGCCCUGGAACCGCAGCAUCGCGCUACAGAACGAGCGGCACUUGCGCUUCUCGCUGCCCGCUCUUGUUGCCAGCGAUGGGCAGGUCAAGCUGCUGAUAGCCGCUCUCGUGCGCUAUGGCAUUGUCUUUAUAGAUGACGUGGCGGCCACGCCCACAAUGACUGAGCUGGCGCUGCGCCGCUGCUUUCCACUGAUGAAGACCUUCUUCGGUGAGAUGUGGACAUUCAGCGACAAGCAGGACCAUGCGGACACGGCGUAUACACAGCUAUAUAUAGGCUCACAUACGGAUAACACCUACUUCUGCGACGCAGCCGGCCUGCAGGCACUGCACUGCAUCGAGCACUCCGCCGACGGCACUGGCGGCGAGAACUUCUUUGUGGAUGGGCUGCACGUGGUGCAGGAGCUGCGACGCCGUUUUCCCGCUGCCUACGAGCUGCUUUGCCGUGUGCCAGUUCCCGCCGAGUACAUCGAACAGGGCGAGCACCAUUGCCACACAGCGCCUAUUAUACGCAUCGAUCCGCUGACCGGCGAGCUGGUUCAGCUGCGCCUCAAUGUCUACGAUCGAGCUGUCUUCAACACUCUGCCCCAGCGUGAGAUGGCCAGCUUCUAUGGCAGUUUCCGUCAGCUGCUGCAGCUGGUGCGUGAUGAGGAGCAGCAGUGGCAGCUGAAGUUGCAGCCGGGCAGCCUGGUGAUCUUUGACAAUUGGCGCGUGCUGCAUGGCCGCCACGCCUACACGGGUCGCCGCACAAUGAGUGGCGCCUAUGUGCAGCGCACCGACUUUCAGAGCAAGGCACGCACACUUGGCCUCAUCGAAUAGCUGCAGCCACUCUGAU